AUGUUGGAAAACAUGUUCGACAAUGUGCCAGAUGAAUUAUUACUCCAACUUUUCAGAUAUGUAAGUUUGCUAUUCACAUACAUAUAUGUAAGAAGUAAAAAUGAAUUUCAGAUUGAUUUCAAAGAUUUUGAAAAAUUGGAAACAGAAUUCAAUCCUUUGCACAAAGCGAUAGCAAAAAGUAUACGUGAUGAAAUCCAUUUUGUGUGCAAUGCAACAAUCGAUUAUUUCGAUGAGAAUUUGACUCUAACCAUUCGUUCACAUCGCGAAAAUUCGAAUCCAAAAACAAUUUUGUUAUCCGAUUGGGAAAACAAGGUUAAAGAUUUGGAAUGUGAAAUGUUAACGAUCAAAACCGAUAGGGAUAUUCCAAUGGAUCUCAUGAAUCAAAUUCUAAAAUUUGAAUCAAUCAGUGAUCUUCAUUAUACCGGUCCACGAAUCAGUGAUGAGAUGUUAUAUCGAUUCGAUGGUGCAAUUAACGUUGAAUUUUCUAUUGUUGUUAAUGAAUGGCCUCCAAACUAUAGUGGACCUCCUAGAUUGCGUGAUAUUGAGAUUCUUAAUGAUAUUAAUAGUUUUGAAGAUGUUAUUGAUCUUAUAAAUCGUGAAGUUUGUAUUACUCUUCACAUGACUUGUGAAACACUGGUAAACACUAUGGAUACAUUGUCGGUGGGUAGUUUUUUAAUAUGUAAUAUAAUUUUCAACAAUUUUUUUUCAGAAAAUUGUUCCUGACUUUGCUUAUUAUGCUGAUUGGAGAUUUAAAAUCAGCAAUGUCCCUCCGGAAUAUAAAGAUGAACCAUUCGAAACGUUCAUUAACGAAAUACGUAAAAACAUCACAAUCUACACUCGCAAAAAUAGUUUGAAGCGGACCAUAUCCUAUAGCGUUUUAUGGGAUGAAGAGCCAUGGAUUAUCGAAGAUACUAGCGCAAAUGUCUAG